GUCAAGUGUCACAUGACAUCAUUAUCUUUAGAUAAUAAUUUAUAAAAAUUCAUGUAAUUAUUGGAACUAGAAAUGAUAAUGUUAAAUUAUUUUAUGGUUAAACAAGUUUCUUCAUAUCGAAUAUUAUCUAUCUUACAUAAGAUGUCAUUAUCGUAAGUGACACAUAAGCAUAGUAUGCUCUAGUCAAAAAAGGCAACGUGUUAAAAUUAAUUAUGAAUUAAUUUGUGCGUUAUGUAUGAAUACUACGAGAGUGAAGAACGAAACAUGCGUAGCCUUAGAGAUUGGCGCAAAGCCUUAAAUACCCCAACAACAUACAGAGUAGGAAAUACUGUAAGAAUUCAACCUCAAUUUAUUUUACUCAUAACAUUACUAGCUGCAUUUCUUCUUUUAUUAUUUUACUAUAACUGGUGGACAACAGAUCACACGCAUACAUAUAGCAAAUGGACAAAAAGUUCCCGUUCAUAUAACACCACUUACCCUUUAUCGCCUGUUAUGCAUUCGGGACAAAUAAUUACCUUUAGAAUAGGAAUAGUUGCAGACUUGGAUACUAAUUCAAAGAGUGAAAAGAAGUCCAAUACUUACAACAGUUAUCUGAAGAGAGGAUUUUUAAGUUACAAUGCUGCAAAGAAGUAUGCAACAGUGUCAUGGGAUAAACAACCCACUACAUUGCUCUCUUCGACAUACUCCCACAAGGGACGUGGGAUGGAGCUUUCAGAGUUAAUUGUAUUUGAUGGUAGAUUACUCACAUUUGAUGAUAGGUCAGGCAUGGUGUUUGAACUCAAGAACAAUAAAGUUAUACCUUGGGUAAUACUCUCUGAUGGGAAUGGCAGUGAGGAAAAGGGUUUCAAAGCAGAAUGGGCCACAAUCAAAGAUGAAAUAUUGUAUGUUGGUUCUAUGGGGAAGGAAUGGACAACUGCUAGUGGUGAAUUUCAGACAUAUGACCCCAUGUGGGUUAAAGCAAUAAAUAUCCAUGGAGAGGUUCAACAUUUGAAUUGGGUUCAUCAAUACAAAGCUGUGAGGCACUCCAUAGGGAUACAAUGGCCAGGAUAUAUGAUUCAUGAAUCCGGAGCAUGGUCUGCGCACACUCAAAAAUGGCAUUUUCUGCCGAGAAGGUGUAGUGAGCAGCCAUAUAAUGAAACAAGGGAUGAAGUUAUGGGAUGCAACUAUCUUAUUACUGCAGAUAGUGAUUUCAAUAAGAUCAAAGCAGUAGAGAUUACAAAACACCAACCAAAACAUGGCUUCUCUUCGUUCAAAUUCAUACCGGGAACAAAUGAUGAAGCUAUUGUUGCAUUACAGACAACAGAAUUUGAUGGUAGUACGGCCACAUAUAUAUCAGCCUUUACUACCGAUGGUAGCAUUCUACUGGAGAGUACCUUUAUUGAAAACCUCAAAUAUGAAGGUUUAGAAUUCAUUUAAGAGACAACACUAGUGGCCAUUUUCCAUUCCAUAAUGAAGAAAUUCCAGAGUAGGCUGGGUCUAGUCCACCUCUUUAAAAAAAAAAGGAAUAUCACAAAAAUACAAAAAAAAUAUUUCACUAAUAGUUAAGUGGUUAUGUGUAUGAGAUAUAGGAAUUUCAAAUGGAGACGCCAUUUUCUAUAAAUCCAUGUCAUGUUAAGAUUAUGAUUAUACAGGUAUACUAUCAAAAAUAAGUACCCA